AUGGCGUCGGCAUUGGAGCAAUUUGUAAAUAAUGUGCGGACGCUCUCAAAACAAGGUACGACAGAUGUUCGAACCUUCCUUACAUUCUUGUAAACCUAACCUCCAAGAAUAAUCCUGAAAAAUUAUGAAAAUGUUCUGCGUUACUCUGAAAUGAUGCUUUCCUCAAAGAAAUAAGAUUUGAAUUCACAAUGUUUUCUUACUGCAGUAUUGACAAAUUUCUCUAUUUUAAUUUUAUUCAGAUAUAAAAAUUUGGUUUUUAUAUUAAGCACAUCUAUGACCAAAUCUUAGGUGUUAAAUCUUAAUUUUUCUCUGUCAUAGGAACCGUAUAAGCUUUCUUCUUAAAAUUUUUAAUAUUAAACAUAUAUUAGAAAUAUAUGCGUUUGUUAAAGCAGUGUUCCGUUGUAUAAAUAAAAUUAUAAUAUUUUUCUGAAGUAAUUAUUAAAUAAUAUUAUUCAAUUGUCUUCUGUUCUUUAGGUAAUUUUAGAGAGCUGUCUGAGAUAAUAACUAAAAGUACAGAUGUUCUCAUAAAAAAUGGACAGCAUUUAGAUAAUGUUUUGGAAACUCUAAAUCUACAAGAACAUUCAUUAGGUAUUUUGGCAGUAUUAUGUGUGAAAUUUUCACUGCCUAAUCCUAAUGGUGCAAACAAUGUCGAUGCUUAUAAAUCACUAUUUAAUCAAGUUCAGGAAUUUAUUAUUGGUUGUAAUGGAGAACAAGUUAGAUUUGCUUCUGAUAUAUGUAAAAACAUUCAGAAAUUUUUAUCUUUUGUUUGCAUUAUUUACAUUAUAGAUGCAGAAUUAUGCCACUUAUUUACUCAAACAUUAGUUGAACUACAAAUACCAUUGCGUGGUAUUGAGCUAUUAUGCCGUGCAAUACGUAAAAUACAGUUAUUUGAUAGCCAGCUUACUUCAAUACAUGCUGAUCUUUGUCAACUUUGUCUUUUGUCUAAGUGUUUCAAGCCAGCACUUGAAUUUCUUGAUAUAGAUAUUACUGGCAUCAGUCAAGAAGAAGGACAAUUUGAUUCAAAAUACUUUUUACUUUAUUAUUAUUAUGGUGGUAUGAUAUAUACAGCAUUAAAGAAUUAUGAUAGAGCAUUGUACUUUUUCGAAGUGUGUGUAACAACACCUGCCUUGGCAGUUAGUUACAUUAUGUUAGAGGCCUACAAGAAAUAUAUUCUGGUCUCUUUAAUUUUGCAUGGGAAAGUUUUAAAUUUACCUAGGUACACGAGUCAAGUAGUUAAUAGGUACAUGAAACCUCUGGGACAACAGUAUCAAGAAUUGGCUACAGCUUAUCAAAUGAAUAGUUGCGAAGAGGUACAAAAUAUUAUCACUAAAUAUCAACAACUGUUUACAAGAGAUCACAACAUGGGACUGGUGAAACAAGUGCUCAGCUAUUUAUAUAAAAAGAAUAUACAAAGAUUGACAAAAACUUUUUUGACUCUUAGUUUAAGUGAUGUGGCUAGUAGAGUUCAAUUAUCUGGACCUGCUGAUGCAGAAAAAUAUAUAUUAAAUAUGAUAGAGGAUGGUGAAAUUUUUGCAACAAUCAAUCAAAAAGAUGGUAUGGUGGUGUUUCACGAUGAUCCAGAGAAAUACAAUUCACCACAGAUGUUGGCAAAAUUAGAAAAGGAAAUGGCAGCAUGUAUGGAACUGGACAAAAGAGUUCUUGAAAUGGAAGAAGAAGUUGUUCUUACACCACAAUAUGUUCGAAAAGCUUGUGGACAAAAUGAUCAAGAUGAUCAGACACCUGGACCUGCUCUAACAAGUAUAAUAAAUGUGCAAGGUCAAUCUAAACAUAGCACUUAUUCCAUGUAACAUAUACACGUCGUUGUGCGUUAUCUUUAUUAAAAAAGAGAAAAACCGAAGCAAAUCUUGUUGAAAGCAGAGACUUGAACAUUUAGAAGCCUGUUUUGGAUGAAAAUCGAUAUCCGAAAUUUGGCUAAACAUAAUUUAUUUUGUACAAAAUAAACAUUGCUAUCUAUCAUUAUGUGGAAUUAUAAUUGCUAUUAUAAAAAGAUAAAAGUAACAAAAAACAUGAAAAAUUAAAAAAUUUCCUUUUUAUAGCAAGUCACACAUGUAUCCUUUCUGGAUCUUUCUAAAACUGAAGGCUGAUAGAUAA